AUGUUAUACAUAAUUGGUUUAGGAUUGGGCAACGAGCAAGAUAUCACUCUCAAAGGUUUACAAGCUAUUCAUAAAUGCGACAAAGUUUACAUGGAAGCUUACACUUCCCUCCUCUCCUUCGGCCUCUCUUCAAAAGGCCUCUCCAACUUAGAAAAACUAUAUGGUAAACCCAUUACACUUGCCGAUAGAGAAAUGGUUGAAGAAAAAGUUGAUGUUAUUCUAUCUCAAGCUCAUCUUUCUCAUGUUGCUUUCCUUGUUGUUGUGGCUACUACUCACACUGUUCUUGUUGUUCGAGCAAAGAAAAUGGGAAUUGAAGUCAAAAUAGUGCACAAUGCAUCUGUUUUGAAUGCAAUUGGGAUUUGUGCCUACUCUGAAGAUACUGAGUGUGUUGGGUUUGCUCGGAUUGGAAGUGAAGAUCAGAAGGUAGUAGCCGGAACAAUGAAGCAGUUACAGUUGAUUGAUUUUGGAGCACCUUUGCAUUGCCUAGUCAUAAAAGGCAAGACCCAUCCUUUGGAGGAAGAAAUGCUGGAUUUCUACAGAUGCAGGAUGUAG